AUGCUCGACCACGCUGUUUUCUCCGCCGCCGCUGUCUUUCUCGGCGACUCGUUCCUUCCCGCCGGUGAUGUCUUCCUCGUUGCGCCUUCCCGACUAAAUCUCUCCUGCGACCUUGUGCCCCCGGCUUCCUCCCCUUCCUGCUGCCUCGGCGUCCGGACGUCGACGUCGUCCCAGAGGCAUUCCUCGCCUCGUCUGCUGGCCACGCGGCUGCCGGCAUUGCGCUCGCGGUCGUGCCAUGUCCGGGCACUGCUCGUAGGUUACGGCCCAGAGGAGGCCCCAAUGGCCGAACAAAAACGAGAGAAGGAAUGA